AUGAAUCAGAGAUCCCAUAAAGUUUCGACUAUUCCUUUGUUCUGCUUCUUGUUUCUGAGUCGUCUUGUAUUCUGUCAACUGGAUUAUAGGUUUUAUGAUAGCACUUGUCCCAGCCUGACAAAUAUUGUCAAACUUGGUGUCUGGCCAGCUAUCUCCAAUGAAACUAGAAUGGCUGCCUCUCUUCUGCGUCUGCACUUCCAUGACUGUAUUGUUAAUGGAUGUGAUGGAUCGUUGUUACUCGAUGAUAGCAGCGCAUUCAAGGGGGAGAAGAAUGCAUCGCCUAAUAGAAAUUCAGUCAGAGGCUUUGAGGUCAUUGACACAAUAAAGGCCAAUGUGGAGAAAGCUUGCCCAUCCACUGUUUCUUGUGCUGAUAUAUUGGCUCUUGCAGCCAGAGAAGCAGUUUCUCUUACCGGAGGGCCUUUCUGGUCUGUACCCCUUGGUCGGCGAGAUAGCCUGACAGCAAGUGAGAGUGCUGCUAACACACAAAUCCCAUUUCCUUUUGAACCCUUAGAUAACAUUACUGCAAAAUUUACUUCAAAGGGUCUUGAAAUGAAAGAUGUAGUUGUGCUCUCAGGUGCACACACUAUUGGUUUUGCUCAAUGCUUCACAUUCAAGCCGAGGCUGUUCAACUUUGAUGGGUCUGGUAAUCCUGAUCCUAUACUUGAUUCAUCAAUGCUAAGCAGUUUGAGGAAUGUGUGUCCAAACCAAGUCGAUUCCGAUUCCAAUUUGGCCCCUCUGGAUGCAGUUACUGCUAACAAGUUCGACAACUUCUAUUUCAAGAACAUCGCAAACAAUUCCGGGCUUCUCCAGUCAGACCAAGCACUUAUGAGGGACAACAGGACUGCAGCCAUGGUGAAUUACUAUAUCAAGUUCCCCUUCCUGUUCUUGAAGGAUUUCGAAGUAUCAAUGGAGAAGCUGAGUAAGGUUGGAGUACUUACUGGAAAAGAUGGACAGAUAAGGAAGAACUGUAGGGUGGUGAACUAA